CACUUUCCUGUUUACUAGCAUUGCAAAACGACCACGAUGCAUGUACUAAACAUAAUAGCAACUGAAACGUUAGUUCGAUAGCUUCGUAGACUGUAUUGUAAAGUUUAAAAAUGUUAUGUUAUCCGCAGUGCUCUGAUAUCGCUUAUGACAACACCAUAGGGCAAAAUCAAAGAAGUAUCCUUCAAAUUUUGAACAUUACUUCAUUCGGUGUCUACUGAAACCAAAGUAGACCAGUUAUUCGACUUGUCACUCAGGAAUAAACUAAAGAUAAGAAACCAUUUUCUGAUUUAUAUUAGCUCACAAAGUAGAAAUUGAAUGCUAAACAUCGGCCUUGGAGGGCUAUUUCUUCGUUAGCGGGCGUUGCAGCGUGUCCAUGCGCAAGUUUCGCGUAUUAUUGGGUUGCCCCUUAAAAUUUAAUUGAAUAAGCUAAUAGUACUCAGGAACGCUUAAUAAUGAAUAUAGGCCCGAUUAGUGGCUUGCAAAUAAUGGACAAUGAGUGGCCAGCACUAGGUGAGCUGAAGUUGGACUCUAUUGGUUCUAAACGGUUUGUUACCAGACCCAAAGCCAAACAAAAAUGGGAGGAUUUGCCCAUUCAACUGACUUUCUCUAGAGUUCACCACAGCAAUGUAGCUUCAAGAGACCCUCUUCCCGAGGACAACGACAAUAUUGAUAGAGAUGAUUUGAAAACAGUGAAUAAAAUUCGUAGAAGCUGUGAACUUUCAUCACAAGAUGCUCCGGGUACCACAAUUAAGACACAGAGGACACAAUUCAACUCUCGUUGGUGCCUAUACGUGAGUCCGAAUUUCGGAGGGGUGGAGAUUUGCAACUUCGCACCUAGAACAGGUUUUAACCCUCGUAUAAUCUCACACUACCGCCAUCACAACCUACUAAAUCAGCCCUGUAUUGAUGAGAACAAUGAAUGCACCUCGUGCGUAGCUGAAAGACUGUCGAGAAUUAGGAACCAAAUUGAGUAUUAUUUCGGUGACAGGAAUUUUACUCGUGAUCGAUACCUCCAGGAGAAAAUGACGGUCGACGGUUUCGUACCUCUGAAAGUCAUUGAAGAGUUCCCGCGGAUGAAACAGUUAGACGCUUCUGAAAACUUAAUUAUCCAAGCUUGUUGUAACAGCAACGUCGUAGAAAUUGACGCUGCAAGAGGGCUUAUCAGACGCCGGGCACCUCCGUUAGAAAUAACCAAGGCAUUUCAAGAAUGCGUGAUGCCUCUGUCACAGUCUCAAGCUGUGGACGGUGUUGCUGUCAGCGUUUCUGGUGCUUCCACUGGUAAUUGUGAUUCACAGAAACUGGAUAUUGGUGAAUUGGGAGAUUCAAGUAGUCAAAAACAUGAUAUGGUUUCAGACUGUAAGAAUGACAUUGACUGGCUCAGAGUCGAACGUCGCCAACGUAAUCGCAACAAAGCUCUGUCUUCACAUCCAACUAAUGCUUCUGUUACAAGUCACCGUCAGAGGAAUGAAUCUUCGUGUUCUGAGCUUAGUGAUGUCGACGAAGAUGAACUCCUAAAUUAUCUUAUUGUUAUUGUCCCUGAAAGAGCUGGCGGCCGCGCUCACGACCAAAACACAGUUGCUUCAAAAGUCCAUUCUGCGAAAUCAUCUCGUUCUUCUGAAUCUUGGAGUGAAAAAACAGACAGUGAGUGUAGUCAUGUGAGUGCUGCACCAAAUUCUAGUUCAACUAUCGAUAAAAAUCAAUCUUCGCAUGGGGGAUAUUCAUGUAGUGAACACAGUGCAAUUUCUUCCCGCCUACUGGCCCGACAUCCAGGUGGUGAUCGUCAUCCAAAUCCAGAUUACCAGUCUCGUGCCAAGAUAAAUGCGGACAUGUUGCAAAGAAUUCGUCUUGGUCUUGAAGACUAUGAACAAAAUGUUAAACGAGAACGUUAUAACUCGAUUUGCGAAUUGGGUUUUGAAGACGAUGUGGGAGAGAAUAGUCCUUUAGAGUUAUCAAGCGAAUCAUCCAAUCACUCUGUUAAUCGCUUGGAAAAGAUCAACGUUGUUUCUCCAGAAGAUUUUGUCAGUCUUAAAGAAGCCGCUGAAUCCGGUUCAGUUGAACGACUCACUUAUGUUUCGCUCGAAAAUGUUAGCAAUUUAGAGAAAGCCCAUUCAGUUUCAACGCAAUCAGAAAACUUUCAGAUGCAACAUACGGUUGGUUCUUAUCCAUCAUUCCCUUUCUUCUAUCCAAAUGCGUUACCUCCUGAACCAUCACCACUAGUCACUAGCUCUGUAUGGAUCCCUACUUCACCCUAUCCAUUCUUCCCACUUAAUAGCGAUUCCUCGGAAAUCUGGCCGUUCACAGUUGACAUGACAUCACUUACACCCAGUCAGGCUGAGCAACAGUUGGAGGCGGAAAAUGCAGUUGCAGCCCUUGUCGCUGAGGUUUCCAGAGCAGCUGUUGCAACAGCUACUCAAAAUCAGAAAUACACAGUAACUGAUAAACCUAAGAACAAACAUGCAGUGAAGCGACGUAUGACUGGUUUUUAUCCUGCGAAGUCUGCUGGUGCUUGUGAACGAGAUGAAUUAGAUGUUGGUUUCGCUUUUGAUCUUUCAGCGCGACCGUCAACCAGAACCGUAGAAAAACAAGUAUAUGGUCCUGUUGUAAGUACCUCAGGUGAUAAUAGUCGUAAUCGAGGUCCGAAAACGUUAGUAUCAAUGGCAAGUGACAUUAAUACAUCUGGAACCACAGUAAUCAUCAGUACUACUUCAGCAACUAACAAUGAUGAUGAACUGGGAUUUACAGCACAAGACUCCAUGAAAACUGCUCAACCGCAAUCUUCUACUCAGAAACAGAAUCAACCAUCAACAUUUGGGAAUCACAUGAGUCAAUCUUAUCUUAAAGCCAGUGGUUUGACUUCACGAGAGUAUUUGCGCUAUCGUUCUUCUUGCUUGUUAGAUCGUGAAAAAUCAGGUGCUGGACAGUCUCAGGAGAUGAAUACCUUGUAUCGAUUCUGGUCGUUCUUUUUACGGGACAACUUUUUUCAUAGAAUGUAUAAAGAAUUCAAGCAUUUGGCUCUCGAAGAUGAAGCGGCAGGUUACCGUUACGGACUUGAAUGCUUGUUUCGAUUUUAUUCUUAUGGUUUGGAGCGUCGUUUUAAAUGGUCCUUAUAUAAAGACUUCCAGGAACAAGCACUGCGAGACUAUAAAAAUGGGCAUCUUUAUGGAUUGGAGAAGUUCUGGGCAUUUCUGCAUUACAGUGGACGUAAGGUAGACAUCAAUCCUGAGCUGAAGGAAUUACUACAGAAGUAUCAGACAAUUGAGGACUUCCGAGUUAAUUUUGAAGCUCCUGAUGGAUUUUAUGGUUACCGUAAAAGAUUACCUUCUACAUCAGCUUCCGUACCUGCGAAUGUUUCUUAUAAUCCCACUUCUCAACCUAACGUUUCUUCGGUUUGA